CAAAUCGGUAAAGCGAUUCCUAGUCUGGGUUUUUGGUUCAGGGUUCCGACUUUUGCUGAGCAUUCGAUUCAUUGGGAGCUCCAUCACCAACUUCGUCCCUCUCUCUGUAACUAAGCCUUAGUUAAAUGGAGGAAGUUGUGCAGAAAUUGCAAGAGGAUGUUCGAGAACUGAGUUUAGGUACGUCUACACGAGUAGAACGAUUGGAUGGUCCACCAUCGCCACUCCGUUUCCUGAGAGACUAUGUCUCACCAAACAAACCUUGCAUUAUCUCCAAUGCUAUUCAACACUGGCCUGCCUUAACUAAUUGGACACAUAAUGAUGAUUAUCUUUCCCAAAAACUAUCUCGAUCAAUUGUAUCAGUUCAUCUCACUCCUGAUGGCCAAGCUGAUGCAUUGGUUCCAUCUCCCACUACUACCAGUACCACCACCACCACUUCACUGUCAUCUCUCUGCUUUGCAUCUGCCCACACCCAACUCAUGCCAUUCCCGGAAGCCCUUCGACUUAUCUCUUCAGGUUCCUCGGAUCCAUUUGUGGCUUAUGCUCAGGAGCAGAAUGAUUGUUUUCGCUCUGAAUAUUCAUCUUUAUCCUCAGAUGUGGAAACUCACAUUCCUUGGGCCACCGAAGCCCUUGGAUGCCAUCCUGAAGCCGUUAACCUAUGGAUAGGGAAUCAUCUAUCAACCACCUCCUUUCACAAAGAUCAUUACGAAAACCUUUACGCUGUUAUCACUGGAGAGAAGCAUUUCUUACUCCUCCCUCCUACUGAUGUUCACCGUUUAUACAUUCACAACUAUCCUGCUGCACGCUACUCUUUAUCUCAGGAUACUAGAGAGUUGACAUUGCAGCUUGAAGAACCCAGACGACAUGUUCCUUGGUGCAGCGUCAACCCUUAUCCUCCUGCUGCAAUUAAGGACCAAGAAGUUUCAAAAUUCCCUUUAUAUUUCAAUGGUCCCAGGCCUUUCGAGUGUACUGUCAAAGCAGGGGAGAUUCUUUAUUUGCCAAGUAUGUGGUUUCAUCAUGUUAAACAGAGUCCAGACAGCAGAGGACGCACCAUUGCGAUAAACUACUGGUACGAUAUGCAGUUUGAUAUUAAAUAUGCAUAUUUCAAUAUGUGGCAGACGAUUCGGUCCCCAUUAUUUUCUAAUACAUUAGCAGUUCUUGAAAAGAACUUUGAUGAUUCGGCCAUUAUAAAUGAGUGAAACGUGAAUGCCUGAAGUACUGCAUGUGUGACUCGAUCAAGCAUGGUAAACAAGGCAUGAUUUACAUGAGGAUGAAUUGCGCUGGUGGUAUACGAAGUAUUAUGUAUUGUUUGCAGAAAAUUCUGUCAUGUCCCAAGCCUAGGAGGAGGGCGCCCAUAUCAUUUCGAUGACGGUAUUUAGCGUAAUCGUUAGUUGGUAGCCUUUAACCAAAUAGGGUUGUCCUUAUCUUUUGUAAUGAGUGGUUUAGAUGUAAGCAUUUAGUGGCGUUGUGGCCGUUAGAUCUAGGGUGGUAUUUUUGGGUAAAGCCUUAUAAACUCAGAGUCUGUAAGAGAAUUCUUUAGCUAAGAAAUUAAUGAAAAGAAUCAGAUCGUU